GGCGUGGCGCGGACGGAAGCCGGGAGGGCCGAGCCUGCGAAGCGUCAGCCCCGCGGAGCGCCGGCCCAUGGCGGCGGCGAUGGCCGAGCAGGACGGCGCCCGCAACGGCGCGCGCAACCGCGGCGGCGUCCAGCGCGUGGAGGGCAAGCUGCGCGCCAGCGUCGAGAAGGGCGACUACUACGAGGCGCACCAGAUGUACCGGACGCUCUUCUUCAGGUACAUGUCCCACAGCAAGCACGUGGAGGCCCGUGAGCUCAUGUACUCUGGAGCCCUGCUGUUUUUCAGCCAUGGCCAACAAAACAGUGCCGCAGACCUGUCCAUGCUCGUCCUGGAGUCGCUGGAGAAGGCGGAGGUGGACGUGGCCGAGGAGUUGUUGGAGAACCUGGCAACCGUGUUUAGCCUGAUGGACCCCAAUUCUCCAGAGCGAGUGGCUUUUGUGUCCCGAGCCCUCAAAUGGUCCAGCGGAGGCUCCGGGAAGCUGGGCCAUCCCCGACUCCACCAGCUGCUGGCCCUCACGCUAUGGAAAGAACAGAACUACUGUGAGUCGCGAUACCAUUUCCUGCACUCCACGGACGGGGAGGGCUGCGCCCACAUGCUGGUCGAGUACUCCACGUCGAGGGGCUUCCGCAGCGAGGCCGACAUGUUCGUGGCCCAGGCUGUCCUACAGUUCCUGUGUCUGAAGAACAAGAACAGUGCGCUGGUGGUCUUCACAACUUACACACAGAAGCACCCGUCCAUCGAAGGCGGGCCCCCCUUCGUGCAGCCCCUGCUCAACUUCAUCUGGUUCCUGCUGCUGGCGCUCGACGGCGGGAAGCUGACCGUGUUCACAGUGCUGUGCGAGCAGUACCAGCCGUCGCUGCGGAGAGACCCCAUGUAUAAUGAGUACCUCGACAGGAUAGGACAGCUUUUCUUCGGAGUGCCACCCAAGCAGACGUCAUCCUACGGGGGCCUGCUCGGGGACCUGCUGAGCAGCCUCAUGGGCUCCUCGGAGCAGGAGGAGGGCGAGGACAGCCCCUGCGGUGGCAGCCCCAUCGAGCUGGACUGAGCGUGGCCUGCGUGCAGGCGCCACGUGGAUGCCCGAGGGACGUGCCGGGCAGGGACCUGCAGCGUGGCUCCUCGCACCCAUGGGUGCCUGGUCAGAGGCCAGCAGUGCCCGUGUGGCGUCUGUGUGGGUGUCAGGUGGCCGAGGGCUGUGCAGCUGCCCAUGCCAUGUGGCCGAGCCUGCUGCCGCCACCGCGUCCCCUCCGAUGACCCGCAAUAAAGCACAGGCCUUGCCGUGGC